CCAGAUCGGCCGAGGAAGUCACAAGAACUGUGCGGCCUACGCUACUCUGCAGCAGCUGCCGAAGAAGAGGAGCUUCACGGAUUUGCCUACGUCCAUCCAUGGGUGGAAGAGCAAGUUCGUGUUUGUGUCCAUUGGUGAGAGUGGUACCGAGUUUCCCUCCCUCGGCCACACCGGGAGGUUUAACCUGCACGACCCGCCGAAGAGCUUUAUUUUGGAUGCUCAGGUGGAGGCUUUCUUGGAAGGGGGGCCGAGGAGCGUGAAGGAGUACAUUACUGAGUACAAGAUGACCGCCAUUGGCUUCUUGAGGUACCAUGUCUAUGGUGACAAGGAGGAUGACCUCCAACUCUGGCCGAGGAUGACCACCACCUUUGAGGAGGCCGACGGCCCGGAUUUGGGCAUUCCUGCUGAGGCCGAUGACUUUGCAAUGGAUCGUCGUUCCAUAAUGGCUAUUGCCAAGGCCAAAGCGGCCGAGGAGCUAGCUGUUAAGGCGGCCGAGGCGGCCAGACGUGCCGUGGCCGGUGGGAGCGG